UUAGGGGUAAUUUGUUGAAAGCAGUCGUUAUCGCAAACCCAGGUCCCUUGACUCCGUGAUAGGUGAUGCUGCAGCAGCACAGGCUCAGUCAGUGAUGAUGAGGGCAAAACACGACGUGAGAGAGACGCUAUUCCCCUCUGUGUGUGUGGCACUCAAAUUUUGAGGAAGUCAAGAAACUGAAGAAAAUGGACGACGUGUGUGUGGCGGUGCUUGACGGAUUUUUACCUGCACCGACGGUGAAAAAUGGGAUCUAUGCCUUCAUGUCGGGGUUCGUGGAGACAGACGGAUCGAGGAUCUGCACUAAAACGACGAUGCUAGCCUGCUAGCUUGCUCUUUGAUGUCUGUUCCUCUGGCACAUAACGUUACUGCCGGGGUUAUAACUAAUUUCAACCGCUGCGUUAAAAACUUUUAGUGCUUUUAUUUCGAUUUUUUAUUACUCAAUAAUUAGAGUAACUUAACGUAAACUCAAACUGGCAACUUUACCUGGUGAUAUUUAGCGUCUUGCUACAUUAGUUAGCUGACUUUAGUGUAGCUAUUAGCGUUAAAGCUAGCUUAAAUAUGUUACGCUAAUUAACAUAACGUUAGCUUGAAAGUCAGUGAGUAACGUAAUUUACGUGACAGUGACUACAACCAGCUUGGUUCGUUAAACAGCCGUUACGGAGCGAUAAACGUUAGUGAGGUUAAGCUAUUUGCAAUUAUUUCCUCUUACAUAAGAACAAACUUAUACCGUUAACGUUACCUACAUGUUUUUUAUUAACUUCGAUAAUGGGGUUGAACAUAAACGUUACAUUUGCAAAACCUGUAAUGUAUUGCUCUUGAAGGUAACGUUAAAAUACAGUCUUUGCUUGUUAGGUUGAUUAGAAACUUUAACGACUACCUCACCGGAUGGGACCAGAAAAAGAGACAUUAUGUGACAUUUGAGGCAAUUUUCUGCGUGUGUCAACAUAUCAGCUUCCCCUUAUGUAGGUUUUCCCUUAGCUAAAGUGUGUUAAGCUACAGCAGGAGCGCUGACACAUCUGUAAGUAAUAAAAUUUUCCAGAGCAGCCUCAUCAAGUGUGGCUCAUAACUGCUAGAUAUGCGUCUUUCCUCCUUUUUGGCCGUGUUCAGGCCUGCUUUACCCCUUAUCCUCGGGCUGUCUCUGGGAUGUAGUCUGAGCCUUUUGAUGGUGUCCUGGACACAAGGGGAUACUGAUGAUUCCUGUGGAGAUGAACUGGGGAAUGGGAGGCUUUUAAUAGGCAGAGGAGAUGCCCCUAGAGACUCAAGGGAUGGAGCUGGAGAAGAGGACUUCCAGCCACGUAUUGUGCCCUAUCAUAAGGAUCCAAACAAGCCACACAAGAAAGUCCUCAGAACUCGUUACAUUCACACUGAACUGGGCAUCAGAGAGCGACUGCUGGUGGGUGUACUGACCUCCCGUGCCACCCUCAACACGCUGGCCGUGGCGGUGAACCGCACAGUUGCCCACCACUUCCACCGCACCUUCUUCUUCACAGGCCUGCGCAGCCCUAAGGUGCCUCACGGCAUGACUGUGGUUGCCCACGGUGAUGACCGUCCAGUGUGGCUGAUGUACGAGACAGUGCGUCACCUCCAUCAGCAUUACGGCUCGGACUAUGACUGGUUCCUCUUAGCCCAGGAUGACACCUACAUGCAAGCAGAUCGUCUGUCGGAGCUGGUGGGCCACCUCAGUGCGGGUCAGGACCUGUAUAUGGGCCGAGCGGAGGAGUUUAUUGGUGGAGAGGAGAAGGCACGAUACUGCCACGGGGGGUACGGCUACCUGCUGUCUCGCAGUCUGUUGGCCCGUCUGCAGCCCCACCUUGACACCUGCCGUAAUGACAUCCUCAGUGUGAGACCUGAUGAGUGGCUGGGCCGCUGCAUUAUUGACUACCUGGGUCUCAGUUGUGUGGAGGUGCACCAGGAAAUGACCUAUCGUUACUUUGAGUUGGGGAAAAACGCAGAUCCAGAGCGUGAAGACAGCGUACAGUUUAAAAAUGCCUUCACAGUCCAUCCUAUAUCAGAACCUAAUCUCAUGUACCGCCUACACAAACGCUUCAGCCAGAUUGAGCUGGAAUGGACUUACCUACAGAUACAACAGCUGCAGGUGCAGAUCAACAACCUGAGUGACCUGACACCAGAAGGGAAGGCCGGAGUCACUUGGCCCAUCGGAAUCAACCCUCCCUUCAAACCAAGAACCCGUUUUGAGGUUAUAAACUGGGAGUACUUUACGGAGGAGCAUAUUUACUCCUGCAUCGACAGCUCCCCAAAGUGCGAGAUGAAAGGGGCCGACCGUGCGGAUGUAAACGCAGUUCUGGAAAUUGCAGUGGAGCGCCUGAAUGAACGCUACCAGCCCCAGCUACGCUUCCGGAAGCGGCGUCUACUCAACGGUUACCGACGCUUUGACCCCACGCGUGGUAUGGAGUAUGUGCUGGACCUUGCACUGGAGGCCUACACCCAGAAAGGUCACAGCCAAGUGAUUGCCAAACGGGUUAACUUGUUGCGACCUCUAAGUGCAGUUGAGAUUAUCCCCAUGCCGUAUGUGACAGAGGCAACGCGGGUGCAGGUCAUCCUACCUGUCACUGCCCAGGAUCAGGACUUUGUUGGUAACUUCCUCGACAUGUAUGUGAUGAACACUCUGGACACCCACGACAAUGUCCUCCUCACGUUCCUGUUCAUCUAUGAUCCCUUCGACGCACAGCGAGUCAGCCAGACUGAUGUGUUUGCUGGCAUUAAAGCCAUGAUCGGGGAGGUGGAGAAGCGCUACGGAGACGUGAAGAUCCCCUGGAUCAGCGUGAAGACGGAGGUGCCCUCACAGGUUAAGCUGAUGGACAUUAUCUCUAAGAAGCACCCAGUGGACACGCUGUUUUUCCUGGCCAGUGUGUGGACGGAGGUCAACGCUGACUUCCUGAACCGCUGCAGAAUGAACGCCAUCAGCAACUGGCAGGUGUUCUUCCCCAUCCACUUCCAAGAGUACAGUCCCGCCGUCAUGUACCGCGACCAGCAGCCUUCUGCCGCCUCCUCCUCUUUUGCCUCAGAGUCGCUGCGAGACGGCCACUUUGACCGCCACGUUUUCGACGAGGCUUGCUUUUACAACGCGGACUACAUGACCGCACGGACCAAGAUGGCUGCUGAUAUCUUGGACAACGAGGAGCUGCUGGAGAGUAUGGACGUUUAUGACAUAUUUGUCCGUUACUCAGGCCUGCACGUGUUCAGAGCCGUAGAGCCAGCGCUAAUCCAGAAAUACGUGCGGCGAGUGUGCAACCCUCGGUUCAGUGAGGAUAUCUACCACCGCUGUAUCCUCAGCAACCUGGAGGGUCUGGGGUCACGCUCACAUCUAGCCAUGGCUCUUUUUGAACAAGAGCAGGCCAACAGCACCUAAAGGCGUGUUCGUGCCUCAAACAUACUGCCUGGACACAGAAUAAUGUGAAUUAUGGUACUUUUGUGAUCCACACACUGAAAUGCGCACCCUUGUAUUUGGCAGAAAGAGGUCAGGAUCAGCUAAAGAACAGUGUCGCCUGCUCAUGGACACUUUGACAGAGCGAAAAUGUGCUGAUGCAUACGUUCCUCCAGCUGAAAAUCUCUCUGCUCAGUACAUAUGAGUACCUCUGGCUUAUGACUUUGUCUUGUCUAGACAAUUUAUGAGUCAUGGAGGUUUAUGGACAUGGACCGCAGUUACCAUUGAUGUAUUCUUACAGAAGCCGAGCAACAAUAUUUAUACUCCUCUUUUUUAAAAAAAGGAGGCUGUGUCUUGAAGUAAUAAAUGAAAAAAGGCCUUUAUUGUCGAUGAUUAACUGAGAAAAAACUUGAGCCAUAAGUCUUCCUUAGUGAAGAUGUUUAAAAAUGAUACUGGAAACAAGCUGAAGCUGUCGGCUGCCUUUUCUUUUUUAAGAGGUAUUAAAGAGUGAUAAUUCCGUUCAGAGUUGUUUCUUUAUUCAUACUGCUCACAGUGUGUAAAAGGCUUGUUUCAGUCUCAUUAGACGGAGAGACAACUGUUUAUAGGGAUCUGUAUAUGCAGCAUGCUUGAGCAGUCCCUCCUGGAGGUAUCUGUUAUGUGCUUGGCAGAGCUGAAGAAAAGGCAUUAUGGCAGAAGAAUCUUGCGGUCAGUUGUGAUGGCGUGCUCAUAUUCACAGUAAUAUAAUGUAGUCUUCCCGGUUUGCCUAAAAGCUUUACUGCAGCGCCUGGAGGCAGUGAACAGUUUGUUCCAGCAGCCUGCCCCGCCUCGUCUCCCCACAUUAAGUCAGUAAAUCUCCAACCCGGCCCGGGCCUCCCUGGGUUUUGGCGAGUAUUCUGUACACACGUCUUUGGGGAGAGAAGUGAACCCAGUGCCCAGAGGGAGGGUCGUGUCUACCUCGCCAAGGUCCGCCGUGGUGUGGGUGGUUAACCUUCACAGCGAGAUGGUUGAACAAGCUGAAUGGCUUACUUCACACAGCCUCCUUCUCCUCUCUAAAGGGGCGAGACGAUCGCACUGAGGCCCCUUAACCUCCCCCCACCCACAGGACUCCUCCAUGUGAGGGUUGUCGGGAGAAUAGCGGAGCAGCAGAGUGAAAGAGGCUCUUUCUGAGGUGGGAGCGGGGCUGCAGUCAGCAUUACACCACCGCUGCAGCGCGCUGUGGAAAAGGCCUCCACCUGCUUCCUUGUGGUGAGGUCAGUGAACAAUAAAAUGCCUGUCUGCCACCUUCUGAGGAACGCCUCACUCAUGCAUUUAACCACCAAUGAGCUUGAGCACAGAAUCAACACUUUACAUGCAGAGUAUGAGAGUGUUCUUUUAGUGAAGGCUAAGUUAGCAGGGCUGCACAAUUAUUUGCAUAAUAGGUUACUGCAUUUUCAGAUCCCACUGAUAUUUGGAAUAUGGAAAAAAAAACAUUUGAUGUCACCUAUUAAAUGGAGUUCUGCUGUGGUGGAAAAUAAAGAUGUGGAUAUCAAAGAA